AUGUUUGGAAUAUCAAGUGCUUGGCGAGGAAGGAAAGUGGCAGUGGCCAUAGCGGCCAUAGCAGCAGUUGGACGAAGAAAGCCAGACAGGCAUACUUCAACGGUGACCCCAGGAAGCGCUCGUGACAGGUGGGUUCGGCGACUGGAUAGAUUGAUGGAAAGAUUGGAAGAUAUUGAAAGGGACCAACGUGAGUACACCCUGGAUGAAGAGGACAGAAAGGUGCAGGAUGUUCUGACACGGGAUCCCUCAAAAGAUGAAACCAUGGUGCUGAAGAAGACUCUCUCUUGUUCGUAUCCAAACUUGCCUUUUAAUAAAGCUCUCCAGAAAGAGAAUGAGAAACUCCAGCUAGAAUUACAACGAUCACAAGCUCACCUGGAUGUUGGACAAUGUGAAGUAAUUGAACGUUUGAUUGCAGUCACAGAAAAUGCGGCAAGUUCUCUGCCGGAGAAAGAUUCACCCUUCACAAGUUCCAAGAAAGUGGAGCCAAAUUAUUUAGGUGGCAAUGGCGAGAAAGGACAUUCAUUUGAAGGAAGUUAUUACAGUGGAAAUGAUACUCGAACAAUCUCAAGAAACUCCUCUUCAGUUUCAUCAGGAAAUGAUCUGCUGUCCAAUAGAGGAUCUCAUUGGCAUGAAGAAUGGCAUUCAGAUUUACUGGGCUGUUGUUCAGAACCAUAUUUGUGUCUGAAGACAUGCUUCUACCCUUGUGGUACAUUUUCUAAGAUUGCUACAGUGGCCACAAACAGGCACAUGUCCUCAGCGGAAGCCUGUAAUGAGCUCAUGGCAUAUUCAUUGAUACUGGCAUGCUGUUGCUAUACUUGCUGCAUCCGAAGAAAGCUUCGUAAGACGCUCAACAUCACGGGAGGGAUUUGUGAUGACUUCCUCUCACAUUUAAUGUGUUGCUGCUGUGCCUUGGUGCAAGAAUGGAGAGAAGUGGAGAUGCGUGGCAUCUAUGGUCCUGAAAAAACAGAGACAAGCCCACCUGCCUCUCAGUACAUGGAAUCCUGAAUGGAUACUAGAGGAUGGAAAAGAAUGAUACAGUUAGAAAUUUAGAAUAGACAAAUUCGUACGCUUAUUCUAGAGGUAACGGCUGGUUACUACCUUUAUACCUUGUACAUUUGGGACUUUUUUUAUGCAUUAAUUUGGCCAUGUAAUGUUGCUUCACACCGACACUGUUGAGUCUGUAUGUGAUGUAUCAUAGUCGAGUUUUUAUAUGGAAGAGGGCUGUUUCGAUUGAUUGCUAUUCAAAACUGAGAGUUUAUCCAUGUCUUCA